ACAAAAACAAAAAAGGAAACGGUUCCUGCCCUCAAGAAGAUUAUAUGCUAUUUAUGUUCAUUCAUCCAUCCAUACCCACGUAUAUACACAGAAAUGGCUCUGGAUGAGAACAUGGCCAAUGGCAUUGACGAACUGAUCGGCAUUCCCUUCCCCAACCACAGCAGUGAGGUCCUGUGUAGCCUGAAUGAACAGCGGCAUGACGGCCUGCUCUGUGAUGUCCUGCUGGUGGUCCAGGAGCAGGAGUACCGGACCCACCGGUCAGUCCUAGCUGCCUGUAGCAAGUACUUCAAGAAGCUCUUCACCGCAGGUACUUUAGCUGACCAGCCUUAUGUCUAUGAGAUUGACUUCGUCCAGCCAGAGGCGCUGGCCGCCAUCCUGGAGUUUGCCUACACGUCCACCCUCACGAUCACAGCCUCCAACGUCAAACACAUCUUGAAUGCUGCUAAAAUGCUGGAGAUCCAGUGCAUCGUCAAUGUGUGCCUGGAGAUCAUGGAGCCUGGAGGGGACGGGGAAGAGGAGGACGACAAGGAGGAUGAUGACGACGAGGACGAGGAGGAUGAGGAGGAGGAUGAGGAGGAGGAAGAUGAAGACGACGAAGAUGAGGAUGAUGAGACAGAGGACUUUGCCGACCAGGAAAACCUGCCUGAUGCCCAGGAUAUCAGCUGCCACCAAAGCCCUUCCAGGACAGACCACCUCACAGAGAAGGCCUUUGCAGACACUCCCAGGGACUUCUCCAACCCUUUCCAAGCUAACGGCAGCCCUGGUCAUCUAGGGGUCAUCCGUGAUUUUUCCAUUGAGUCUUUACUGAGAGAAAACCUCUACCCGAAAGCCAACAUCCCUGACAGAAGGCCCGCCUUAUCCCCCUUUUCCCCGGGCUUCUUUCCACACCUCUGGCCUGGAGAUUUUGGUGCCUUUGCCCAGCUGCCUGAACAGCCCAUGGACAAUGGACCCCUGGAUCUGGUCAUCAAAAAACGGAAGAUCAAGGAGGAGGAGAAGGAGGAGCUCCCGCCACCACCGCCGCCACCCUUCCCUGGUGACUUCUUCAAGGAUGUGUUUGCCGACCUUCCUGGAGGACCCCUGGGACCCAUAAAGGCCGAGACCGACUAUGGCGCCUAUCUCAACUUCCUGAGUGCCACGCACCUAGGCAGCAUCUUUCCCCCAUGGCCACUGGCGGAGGAACGGAAACUAAAGCCCAAGGCGUCCCAGCAGUGCCCCAUCUGCCAUAAGAUCAUCAUGGGAGCCGGGAAGCUGCCACGGCACAUGAGGACACACACAGGGGAGAAGCCGUACAUGUGUAACAUCUGUGAGGUUCGAUUCACCAGGCAGGACAAGCUGAAAAUUCACAUGAGGAAGCACACAGGUGAGCGGCCUUACCUGUGCAUCCACUGCAAUGCCAAGUUUGUGCACAACUAUGACCUCAAAAACCAUAUGCGCAUUCACACAGGGGUCCGGCCUUACCAGUGUGAGUUCUGCUACAAGAGUUUCACCCGCUCAGACCACCUUCACCGCCACAUCAAGCGCCAGAGCUGCCGGAUAUCCCGGCCCCGCAGAGGCCGCAAGCCCGCUGCGUGGAGGGCUGCCAGUCUUCUCUUUGGCCCUACUCCCCCAACGGAGGAAAAGGCCUUCAUGAUGCCGCCGGCCCUGGGGGAAAUCGGUGGCCAUCUAGGUGGGGCAGCCAUGUGCCUGCCGGGCCCCAGCCCCCCCAAGCACUAUCUGGGGGCCCCCAAGGGGACCCUCAGCCUGCAGGAGCUGGAACGACAGUUUGAAGAGACACAGAUGAAGCUGUUUGGGAGGGCACAGCUGGAGGCAGAGAGGAAUGCGGGGGGCCUCUUUGCCUUUGCCUUGGCAGAGAACAUGGCUGCCCGACCCUACUUCCCCCUCCCAGACCCAUGGAGUGCCGGGCUUGCCGGGCUCACAGGGCUGGCGGGACUCAACCACAUGACCUCUAUGUCCGAAGCAAACAACUAGCCCUAACUUUUAUCAUGCCCAGUUGUCUCCUGCCCUUCUUCCAUACCAAGACUCCCUUUUGCCCUCUCCCUCCCCUUCUACUCCCUCGCCCCAAGCGGGUUUUGUAAGUUCUCUACAUUUUAUUUUUUAAAAAGAGAAGAAAAAAAAGAAUAGCAGCAAAGCCACACAACCCAGGCCUCCUUGGGCAGCAGCUACCAAUUUUCUCACUCCAAAGAAGAGAAAUAACCUUCUAAGGGAAACAGCUAUUCACAACUGGACACGAAAACCUAAGUGGACCUGGGUCCUAGCUUCUUUCAUCUUUUUCCUCCACAUGAGAGCUGGGGAGCAAACAUUCUCUCAGUACAGAGUUGUAGCAGUAGCUAUAUGGAGGCCAGGAGGUGGGGAGCGGGGAGGAGCAUUCAGGGCCUGCAGCAGCAGCAGGGACCUUUGCUGGCUAGACCCCUUUAGUUCUUUGAUCCUAUGCUUCAGGCAGAGGUUAUACAUGUCAGUACCAAUGCAGAUUCCACAGUCCCAAAUGGGUCCCUAAGAACUCCCCCUUAACCUUACAUGAAGGGAAAUGUCCCUUCCUAUUUUGGAAGGAUAACGGCAUCCAAAGGAAGAGAACUCUGGGAGAGAAAGGCCUGCGGGAUUCUGCUCCUCCACUGACUGGCUAUAUGAACUUGGGCAGGUUAUUUCUCCUCUCUGUGCCUCAGUUUCUGCCAUCUGCAUAAGGGCCCUCCCCAUACUUACCUCUCAGAGGAAGUUGAGAGGAUUAUUUAGGGACCCUCUGGGAGGUGCUCUGAACUCCUAACAGCCAGGAGAAACUCGGGCUUAUUGUUUUUUUGUGUUCCUUUAUAAAUUCCCAGCCCUGGUGGGAGCAGAAUGAGGUCCACAUCAGGAGAAGACCAUGCAAGAGGGAAACCACACUGCUCCUCUUCCGAUGGAUGCCUCAGACCUGAGAGUGACUUUUAGGGCCUCGGGAGACUUUUCUUUCCGUCAUUUGUAGACCUUUGAAAACAAUCCAGUAAACCAUUUCUCAUUAGUGACUUUCCAAGGCCUGGAACCUAUUUCUUCUGUAGAUGGUUUAAAUUCACCACCCCACCAGGUCUUGGGGAGCCACCGGUACUCCCCUGGAAGGUGGUGUGCUGGACGGCUGUUCAUUUUACAACCCAACACUGCCCCUCUUCUACUACUCCCCCCCCCUUCCCCCAAGGUUCUUGACAACUAUAUUCACGUGACUCCUGCUGAUCCAGGGGUUGAUUUUAUCAUUUUGUUGUCCGAGUGUGGAGCUUCUUUUCCCUUCAUCCCUGGCUGCCUAACCUUUGUUCAUUUCUGUUCAUUUGAGCACCUCAGCAAAAGAUUGGAUGGGGAAAAAAAUCAGAGAAUUGAAAGCCCAAACCGCUGUGUCUUGCUCCUUGUAGGAAGCUCUGGCAUCAAGCAUGGCGGGGAGCAGGUUAUAGUGAUUAGCUUCAAGAUGUGUGUUUGGGCUUCUCAGUGCAUUUUGAUUGGCUACAGCACUCAGACUGCUCCCUGGGGACUCAGGAUAUUGGGAGCUGGCUUCACAGCCCUUGGCCAUUGAAACCUGAACCUAAGGAGAUGUUGAAAAUGAAGAAGGCUCCACCAGUUCUGCUGUUCUGCCUUCCCUGAGAACUGAUUGGUUCUUAUAAACAUGCUAUAGAAGCAAUCCACUGGGAGAGGUUCUUGGGAGCAAGGGUAGGUCUGGACCCACAGACAGAGACUAAGAAGAUGUCGUUAGAGUUCCCUUCCCCCAGGCCCACUGAGUGGUACCACUGAGAGGAACUCCUCACCCUGCACUCCCACUCACCAACACACACACACACUUUUUAGUUUUCCCUUGGGAGCUGAUAUUAAAUGGCCCUCAGGAGACCACAGACUCCAUCACACUCAAAACUCACCUCUUGGACUCUGCUGGGCCAUCUUCCAGUACUAUGGGGGUCCCGGCAUUUACCUAAUCUUAUCCCACUUUGCCUUCCACUAAUCAUACCACACAAGUGACUGUAUGGCUUUCCCCCAUUUCCUCCAAGUUUGGAGGUCACCUGCCUGGGAAGAUGUCUUCUUGGCCCCCUACCACCAUUUCAGACACUAACUUCCUGGAAUCCACUAGCCAGACCUUCCCCCAACCCUCGGGGCAGCCAAGGGAUGGAGGGCAAACCAAACUAUUUUUUUUAAAGAAAAAAAAAAGACUAUAAAACAGAAUCUAAAGACAUUGGGGCUUUUUUUGUUUUGUUUUGUCUUUUUGUAGAUGUGUGAUGACUUCUUAUAAACUCAAUUUUUUCAGAUGA